CGCCGAAGCCGCGACUCCCCUUUGCGGCGUUGACGGAGUGCGCUUUGAACCGGUGUGGAGUGGAUGUUGUUCGCGUUGGGUGGCCAAGCAUGGACUCGAGAAAUUCACGCUCGGGCAGGAAUCUGACGAAGAUCUUGAAGAAAACAAAAAGAGGAUAUGUCGUGUAUUACAUCGACGACCAUCGACCCCGCAAGACGAGGGAAAUGUCGCUCCGUCGCUUCAUCACGUUCCUCCUCUGCCUCACGUUCCUCGGGUUUAUCGCCGUUCAGUACGUUCUCAUGAACAGGUUCCUCCUCAACCACCAGCUGGCGAAGUCGACGAUCGUGAGAGGGCUUGAGAUUACAAAAAACGCACCUUAUACGGAACAAGCAGCUUUGAAAAACCUCUCGAGAAAAGAUGUGACACUCUACCAAAAAUCCCCAAUUGGGAAAGUAGACUCGUAUCGCACAGGAAACACAACAGCACCUUCGAACGUGGCGGGGGCGCAGAAACCAAACGAACAAACGAUUUCUGUCGUUGAGCCUUUGGGAUACAAAAUGGCUGCCCAAGAUACUCCGCCUUUGGGAGAGAAAAUGGUGGAUCCAAAAUUAGUAGCGGGUUCAGUGCCAGGUGAUUCAGGAGCAAAUAAUGUUGAUUUCCAAGCUAAGGAUGAUGUUGCAAAGCACGAUGAGGCGCUGCCAAAGAGUAGUGCAUCAGUAUCCGCGGAUCACUUGGAAGAUAAGGUAAUUGUGACGGGAGACAUUCAGGUGCAAAGCAAUGCCGAGCUUCCGAGAGCAUCUUCGAAAAUGAUGUCAACUCCAAAGCAUUCUGUGAGAAAAGUGCAGAACGCUCCUCAAGAACUGGUGUUCUAUGUCGUAAUCUGUAAAGGUCACCCUGACAACAUCAUGACGGACGUGAGGCGGCAAAUGAGGCAGUGUGAGGUCAUGCUGAAGUCUGCUGUGGCUUUCACAAAUUCUCUACUCAGGUUCAUCGUGUGCACGGACGCGGUCGAAGUCUACCGAGUGCUGAUCGAGGUGACGUCCAUGUGGGCGGCCGAGCAUCGCAACCGCAUCGUUUUCGAACGGCGUCCUGUGUGGUAUCCUCCGGGGCGCCCCGACCUGCAGGACGUCCGCUGGCCGUGUUCCACAGCCAAGCUCUUCCAAGCGUACCAGUUCCAAGACCUGGACGCUGUUAUCUACAUCGACACAGACGUUCUAUUCCUCGUCCCACCGGAGAACCUGUGGCAAGAGUUCUCGAAGUUCGACAGCGUGCAAGUGAUGGCGCUGGCGGCCGAGGCCCCCGCCGAUCCUUGGGAUCCCGACACGACCAGGGUGGAGGCGGGGCCAAGGAAACCAGUCAUGCGAACCCCGCCACACCCCACACGGCCUCAAUACCGGCGUCAUGCUCAUGAAUCUCACCCGCAUGAGGCAAUUUCCGGGCCACAUAGCGAGGUCGUCACCGCCUUCGACACCUUCGUCACCGUCAUGACUUCGACCCCCUCAAACCGCCUCGUCAACACCAUCUUCAGCCAGUACCCGAAUUUGGUACGUGAGCUGGACUGUGAGUGGAAUUACGUUAGCAAGCUGUGCCAGGGCGGCGACAUCACGUGCCCUCAGGUAUGGAAGCGAGGCGUGUCCCUCCUGCACGGAUACGGCCACCACUUCUACUACGACAGUCCCAAGUUUAUGGCUGUGUACCAAGCCUGGAGGAACUACGAGCUGGCCACGCCCCCGAAGGCCCUGCUGGACUCCCUGAAGAAAAACCUGGAAGCCGCGACGUCUGGGAGGCUCUGGCCAGGGUGUGAGAGCAUCAUCGACAUCGACCACGUGUUCAUCGACCCCGUGAGGCGCACCAUAAGCAACUACCUCGUCAACAAACUAAGGAGAUUCGUGACUCAGGUGUACGAGUCUCUAGGUCUGAGAAGAGGUCCUAAAGAGAUUGACAGGGAAUCGGGCGUCGACUUCAAGAUGUAAACAGAGGCGCGGUGACUAGCCUGCUGUGCAACUGCCUCUCGCUACCAGUGCACUGUUGGGAAAGCGCCGUUGGGUGGAACUGUGUAUGUGCUUCCGCUAUAAAUGAGCGAUUGGUUUUGCAAGGUUUUACAUUUCCCGUUGUAUUUCUUUUAUAAAUAAACCCGAUGGAAAAUUC